AUGAAGAAGCCAUUAGCUGGUGUAUAUGAGUUAGAUGCCAAGAGUAUGUUCAAUGCCAAAUUUAAUGCUUUAACAAGAAAAAUGUAUAAGUUAAGCAUGAAGGUUGAUGCUUUAAUUAGAGGAUCUAGUAAUGUAGAAGAUGUUGGUGCAGGAAAUAUGCAUUGUAUCAAUGAUUUUGCUUCUUAUGGGCAAGAAUUUGGAAAUGAGCAAGUUGAUUUUGUUGGGAAUUACAAUCAGAAACCAGUUGAUGCAAUUUCUCAAAUGCCCUCAUAUGCUAAGUUCUUAAAAGAAAUUUUGUCAAAUAAGAGAAGACUAGAAGAUUAUGAAACUGUGGCAUUAACAGAGGAGUGUAGUGCUCUCUUGCAGAAUAAGCUCCCACCGAAAUUGAAGGAUCCAGGAAGUUUCUUUAUUUCUUGUCAUAUUAGGGAUACUAGUAUUGACAAAGCACUAUCUAUCAAAUAUCUAGUAGGAAUUUUGGAGAAUGUACCCUUAAAAGUUAGGAAAUUUUUCAUUCCUGUUGAUUUUGUGGUUCUUGAAAUAGAAGAGGAUAUUCACAUACCUAUCAUUUCAGGAAGGCCAUUUUUAGCCACAAUAGGGGCUAUAAUUGAUGUGAAGAAUGGUAGACUGACAUUAAAAGUUGGAGAAGAGGAGGUGGAAUUUAAUUUGACUCAAGCUUUGAAGAAACAUCAUGAAGUUAACCCUUGUUUAAGGGUGGAUGUUAUUGAUGAGAUUAUGGAAGAAGAAUUUAGGAAAAGAUAUCCUGAGGACCCUUUGGAGAAUUGUUUAGUACAUAGUAGAACAACAAAGGAUGAAAAUCCUGAAGUUGUAGCUUUUGCUCAAAUUUUGGGAACUACUCAAGAAGUUGUAGGAGAUCAAGUUUUGCAAGUUGAAGAGUUGAAACAUGAAGUUGCACAACCACCUUUGUUGGAUAAGAAGGAAGCACCACAGGUAGACCUCAAACCACUUCCAUCUACAUUAAGGUAUGCUUUUCUUAGACCUAAUUCAACUUAUCUUGUCAUUAUUAGUGCAAGUUUGAGUGAUGUACAAGUUGAAAAAUUGUUGAGAGAGUUAAGAGCACAUAGGAAAGUUAUCAGUUACACCAUUGAUAAUAUCAUGGGUAUAAACCCUACCUUGUGCAUGCAUACGAUUCUUUUAGAGGAUAAUUUUAAAGCCACCAUAGAACAUCAAAGAAGGUUGAAUCCUAAUAUGAAAGAGGUGGUGAAGAAAGGAGGUGUGAUCAUUUAUCCUAUUUCUGAUAGUAGUUGGGUUAGCCCAGUUCAUGUAGUACCUAAGAAAGGAGGUGUGACUGUUAUGAAAAAUGAAAAUAAUGAGUUGAUGACUACUAGAAUUGUCACAGGAUGGAGGAUGUGUGUAGAUUACAGGAAGCUUAAUAGUGCCACUAGGAAAGACCAUUUUCCUUUGCCUUUUAUUGAUCAAAUGUUAAAGAGGUUGAAGGAAGCUCUAACAAUAGCCCCUAUUAUGCAACCUCCAGAUUGGUCAUUGCCAGUUGAGGUUAUAUGUGAUGCUAGUGACUUUGUUGUGGGAGUUGUACUUGGUCAGAAAAAAGAAAAGAGGUCUUAUACAAUCUAUUAUGCUAGCAAAACUUUAGAUGAUGCUCAAGUAAAUUAUGCCACCACUGAGAAAGAAUUUUUAGCUGUGGUAUUUGCUAUGGAAAAGUUUAGAUCAUAUCUGGUUGGAUCAAAAGUGAUUGUCUAUACAGACCAUGCCGCCAUAAGAUAUUUGAUGAAUAAAAAAGAAGCAAAGCCAAGAUUGAUAAGAUGGGUUCUAUUGCUAUAG